AGACACUUGGCAGCUUGGUACCUACUAAUGAAGCCAAUAGUCUACCCUGCUUUCUCCAUUUUUCUGGCUCUCAUUUUGGCCAGAUUCCUUGGCAUCACAUCAGUUUUUCUGAGAAAUCAGAAGAAUCACAUGCUAAUUUUGACUGAGGAAAACACAAUUCACAACUGCAGCUGUUCUGUGGCUAUCCAUGACUGUGAUUACUGCCUGGCAAACUUGAUGUGCAACUACAAAACAGUGCUGCCUCCUACCAUGGAAAAAACUACCUACAACAGCCACCUAAGCAUCUGGUUCACAGACACCUCUGUGCUGGGGAUGGUCCUCAACUUCACAAGGGUGUGGGAUUUGAAGCUGUCCUUCUGUGGUACCACUCCUCUCCCAACAGAAUAUUUGGCCAUUUGGGGAAUUCAAAAGCUCCAGGUAAACAAGGUCAAGGGACAAUUUCCAGACCAGAGUGUAACCAUCUCCAGCAGCAGCAAUAAUGACAAAGACUUGCUUGAGGCACACAACAAAGACAGGCAAAUGCUUUCACGUAUUUCUUUUCUGGAUACCUCAGUUUUCAAUGGAUAUUCAUUGCUGAAGUCAUACAGUGUGGAAAACGUCUCUAGUAUCAUAAAGCACUUUCCCAGCCUGCUGUACUUAGAUGUUUUCUCAACCUCAGACAAUGAGAGCUAUGUUGUAACAUUCAUUUACUGAGUAAUUUAAAGCAGUCAGUAGUAAGAGGGAGGCUGCAAAGAGUGAUGGGAUGCUUUUAAGUCUGUCCCGGUUUGUCUAAGAGGAUACACAAGGGGACUGUGAGAGAACUCUACAAAGAGGUGUUUGAUGUAAGAGAUUCAUCAGAUUAAUUCAGCAAACACUUUCUUAAAGAACAAAGUAAAUGUGAAACUACUGUUUUCCAAAGCACUGUUAGAAUUUGUUUAUGUAUUCUAAGUCGAGAAUUGAAAUCUGCAGAUAAAUUUUGUUUUAAGGUUGUGUCUUGGACAGAAAAGGCAUAAUCAUAUAGUUCCCACUGCAGAAGAAUCCAAGACCCCCAGAGAACCACUCAGGUUAGAUUGCAGCUCAGCAGGUAAAUUCACGGUUGUUUUACAAGGUGCAAUCUACUCCCAUUAUGCUCAGCGAUUUAGGAAACAGGUAUGGGACUUCCCUCUGUGAAGCAGGUAUUUCCUUGCAUCUGUCCUUUCUUCCUUAUUUCAUACAUAAUCUUUAUUUCCAGAUCACAGAAUACUCUGGGUUGGAAGGGACCCACA